AUGUGGUCAAACUAUGGACAUGGAACCCAAUCAAGGACUCGGACAUGUACUAAUCCAGCUCCAAAAUAUGGAGAUAAAUGUCAAGAUAUUCUACGUAGUGUUAACAAAGGACUGUCAACUGGAACUAUUCGAGGCCAACUGAAUAAUCAGAACAUUGGAACCAUUCAUCUUGAUGCUAAUCUGUCCACUUCUGCUUCAAAUAUUUCUACUAAUUACGAAUUCCAUUUAAGUGAUGUACCAAUAGAACGUAGUCAAUGUUCACAAACUUUAACUGAAAUUUUUCUUCCUGGCACUGGGUAUGCAGCAAAAGAGGUAUCUGGUGCGUCUAGUGGUCAUACAAUUAUGGAUACAUUGAACGGAAUCACAUGGGAAUCAGUUGGUCAGUUUGCUGAUGGCAGUACAAUGCAAAUGAGCCAAAGCGUAUUACGAUCAAAUGAUUCAGUUGUGUCACCUUCAAAUAAAUCCAUUGUUCAUCUGACAACGGAUAUUUAUUUAUCUGGAUUUGUACAUCGUCUUUAA